AUAAAAGAUUUUCCUAAUGCCAGCAUUAUCACAAGUUAUAAUUAAAGGACUCGAACACCACACAAACGUUCCCCACAUCUUAAACUAUUAAUCAUCAAUGUCACUUUCUUUAUCUUCCAUUGUAUGUAAGCCAUGUCCAAACUCUCAAACCUGUUCAAGUGCUUCAACGUUUUUGCAUCCCAUAAUAACUCGAGUUCAAGCUCGAGUUCAAGCUGAAGGUGGAGCUCGAGCUCGAGGUUUUGCGUGUAAGUGUGAGUUGAAUGAGCAAUCGCUAUCGUCGGAAUCGACGAGAAAAGAUGCAUUGAAGUUGGGCAUCGGAACACCAGUUAUUAUUGUUGAAGCUCCUAAAAUGAUUAAGACUGCUGCUUCUGUUCCUUGCCUUAGAGUCAAUGCUGGCUUGGUUAAUCCCGGUGAUGUUGGAAGGAUCGUUACUAGGAAACCUAUGGAUGUAUGGGCUGUUCGAUUGAACAUUGGAACUUAUCUUAUAGAUAGAAAGUACUUUAAACCACUGGAACUGGAUGAAUGAGGAGUAGUGGAGUGUUAUGAAUAUGAUGGUUCUUCUUAAGUUUUACUAUUGAUUUUGUUUUCUUUAUUUCUUUUGCUAUAUAUGGAAAUAGUGUAGAUAGAACUAGUACCUCUGUUUUAUUAUACUUGUUUCUGAUACUAGUAUUUUUAUAACACAAAUGUUACAAUCAA